CCGUCUUUGUACCUCAUACUUCACCUCACCCGUUGACUCCAAGUGUUCCGUCUCUCAGUUUCACCUCGUCCAAUCAGCUAUACCCCCUCGUGUGCCGGUUCCUUGUUAGAUCGACUAGACUGAGUGAAUUGUCAAUUAGCUUGUCACCCCCGCGCCAACUCACCAUGUCGGAACCACCAUCAUCCCUACCGCAACCUCCCCCCAGCACACAGCCUGCUCCUUCAUCCUCAUCAACACCGCAGCCAGGCUCAAACCCUCAGUCCUUCUCUGAUGCUACCGUUGUUCCCAAAACCGAGCCAGACUCCUCAGAUCCUGUCGCGGUAGACGCCUCCAUAGAGCAGGAAGCCGACCUCAUGGCCAACAAGGACCCCGCCGCCGCCCAGGACACGGGCGCAGCAGCAGAAGAUGCUGAUAUUGGAAAUCCCGUACAAGCGACAUCUGUUGAUGCAGCAGCGACAUCGAAAAAGGAAACCAGCCUGCGCGAGUUCCUUGGGAAGAUGGACGAUUAUGCGCCUAUUAUUCCCGAUGCAGUAACAGCCCACUACCUCACGCUCGCCGGCCUCCCACCACCAGGAAACGGACCUAACCAAACACCGCCUCACCUGGCACGCCUGCUAGCUCUCGCAACGCAGAAAUUCAUCGCCGAUAUUUCGGCGGACUCAUACCAAUACGCGCGCAUCCGGGCCUCAAACUCCUCGUCCGCGAGUAACCCCAUGGGCAGUCUCAAUGCUGCCUCUGGUCUCGGCAUGCCUGCUGGCGCGGCAGGUGGUGCUGGAGCUGGUGGCGGUGGAGGCGGUGGAGGAGAUGCAGGGAAAGGAGGGAAAGCGGGUACGCAUUUGGGGAUUCAGAGGCCUGGGUUUGGAGGUGGUGGCUCUGGAGGGUCUGGACAGGGGCGGACGGUGCUUACGAUGGAGGACUUGGGGAUGGCGGUCUCGGAAUAUGGGGUUAGUGUUAAGAGGGGGGAAUUCUAUCGGUAAAUCCGUCUGGGUUUUACUCGGGUUCCUCAAGAUGCUGUUGUGGAUGCCGAGUUUGAUUGGUUUAUUCUUCUUGUCUUCUGGAUAUGGCGUUUGAGAUGGGACUGGGAUAUUUUACGGCGUUACUUGGACAAUGAAUAGGUAAUGGAUUGAACGGGGCCUUUACCAGUGGUUAUGGCCGGUCUUCAGGACUGGGAGCGCUUGGCAUCUGUCUAUAAAGUGCGAAACGGCCAGUACUUCCAUGUCGACCAUGACCUAGCAGGCCUGGAGCGCUAGAUUAGCGAUCAAAAAUUAUAAGCGAUGAAAAAGACCCUUCGAUAGGCAUUUGCCGCUCCAGUACAUUUCAUUACUAUGGAUUCAGGAAAGUAACGGUAAGUUGCAGAACCGCGCACAUAAACAGUAUGUAUUGAAAACAAGCGCCGCAAGUAGAUAUUUAUACACUCCCUCAAAAGGGAUAGAUAGACAGAAGUUUAGAACACCGCUUAAAAGAAUUCCCAAUCCA